AUGGAUCAGAAGAUCGGUCUCGGUGAAGCAUUUAUGUACGCUGAUUGGGAUGCGAAACCCUCUGCGAAACAUUUUCUCACUCUUUUGAUUCGAGCAAAAUGUUAUAAGUCAUCAUUGACGAAAAAGAUGGUCAUCGCUUCACAGAAUAAAAGUAAUGUUGAGAGGAAAGAAGCGGAAACAGGAGAACCGAUGGCAUUUUCGUCUUCUUGGAAAAAUUUAGUGGAAUUCGCAUUCGGAAUUGGGAUUAUCGCAAAAAAGUUAUUGUUGAAUUUGCAAAAAUUAAUGCUGAAUUCAAUUCGUAACGUCGUUUGGUUAUGGAACUACGCAAAACAUCGACUACGUGAAAACACAAUGCUGGGUAGUGCGAAAAACAUUCAUGAGCAUUAUGAUUUGGGUAAUGAACUGUUUGAGAUGUUUCUCGAUAGUUCAUUCACGUAUUCGUGUGCAUUAUUUGAUCCAAUUCCAUCAAAUGAACUAAUCAAGUCGGAUUUCGCUCUGCUCGAAGCAGCUCAACGUCGAAAAUACGACAAAAUUUUGACUGAAAUGCAACUGAAAAGUGAUGACCAUGUACUGGAAAUUGGUUGCGGUUGGGGCAGUUGUGGACUUUAUGCGGUUGAAAAAUACGGUUGUAAGUGGACGGGCAUUACCAUCUCAAAAGAACAACUUAAGAUUGCACAAAAAAAAGUUGAAGACGCUAAAUUAGGCGAUAGAAUCGAAUACAAAUUACUCGAUUAUAGAUUAGAGAAAGGUGUUUAUGAUAAAGUAUUGGCGAUUGAAAUGAUUGAAGCUGUUGGGCAUGAAUAUCUGCCAGAAUUCUUUCGAACAUUGAGCGAUCGACUUCGACCCGGUGGUUUGGCGUGUUUGCAGGCGAUCACAUGUCCAGAUGCGUAUUACGAUCGCUAUCGUCGCUCAAGUGACUUCAUCAAAAAGUACAUCUUUCCCGGUGGCCAUCUGCCAUCUGAGGGUGCCAUCAAGGCGGCGUUACCCGUUCAACUGACCAUCCGAAGCGUUUCUCACAUUGGUAAACAUUAUUCGAAAACACUGGAUCUAUGGCAUGCUGCAUGGAUGGAACGAGAAAAAGAUAUCUUAAAAAUGGGUUAUUCGAAGGAAUUUCAUCGAAAAUGGCAAUUCUAUUUCGUGCUAUGCUCGGCAUUAUUCGAAUACGAUCAUAUCGACACUGUGCAAAUGUGUAUUACACGACAUUAG